AUGCUGGCUAAUCUUGGACUGGAAAGUGAGAGCCGUGGGGGUGAAUGCCGCCACCACGGCCGGCGACAUGCUCUUCGCAAUGAAGUACUGGACCACCAGCCACCCUACUUGAGGGCUCCAUUUGCCGUUCAGCAGGAACCGUUGAAGAACUCGCACCUCUCAGCAAUGCCGGAGGUGCAGGAAAUAUUCAUGGAGGAAGAAAACAAUAUCGGGUCUCCUGCCACCGCGUGUCACGCCUCUCAGCCCCAGUUGGAAGCGGAGCGACUCACUAAGGGUGGGUUAAACAUUUUUUCUUGGAACACGGACGCCCCAGUGAUUCCCCCGUCGCGUGUUCGACGGGAGCGGGAUGUGGAGGAGCUGCUGCGGCUCAGGCCACUAGACCCUGAGUUGAAGCGUGACCUCGAGGUGCGUGAAAAGUUUGAAGGCAACAAGCAAAGCCACUUUUUGUGUUUCGGCGAAAACGAGGAGACUGGCAAGCAUCUGGGGGCACGACGAGCGAACGACGGCACCCCAUCACUGGUCCCACCUGGCCCUGCUCUGGUGCCGAACGGUUUUUCCGGUAACCCCGGUCGAGCGGGGGGCGCGGUGUUGCAUGGCAGAAGGCGCGUCGCCCCAAGAGCUAGCACCGAUGAAGGAAUUGCUGGAUUUGCAGGCAUGGGUAUGGGCAGUGGCAAGAGGCCGUGCAACCCUGUGAAAAAUAAUCCCGUUGGGUUUUGA